GUCUUACAUGCGCAAUUACUUUUUUUUGUUAGAUGAAAUUAUUUAUUAAACAUUUAAAUUUAAAUUCUCAACCUUUUACUAAUUGCUCCGGCUUUCAUCAAGAACAGUAAUAUUGUUACUUUUUUUGUUUAAACCCAUACAAAUUUUUGUGUGUUUUAUUAUUUCUGACCUUUAAAUACUUCGACACCUUUUGGUUUUUGUGAAAAAAUGGCUGAACCAAUCAAAAUAACCGAUGACGAUGAUGCUUGGGAUGAUGAAUUAUUGAUCCAAGAAUACAAUAGGACGGUUCGUCUGGUCGACCAAAGAAUUUCCGAGAUAGAAUCAGGGGAUUUAGGAAAAACUAACGAAAUUAGAAAAGAAAAGAGGAAAAGCAAGAACAAGGAUGACUCAAAAGAGCUCUUGUGGAAACCUGGUGACAAUUGUGUAGCUGUCUUCAAAGAAGAUGGGCUUGAAUAUGAAGCUAAAAUAGUUAGUAUCGAUCAAAAAUAUGGUUGCUGUGUUGUUAAAUAUUUAGGAUAUGAUAACGAGGAAUGCCAAUAUCUUCAAGAUUUAAAACCAUCACGCGGAUUGCAGUCACAAUUAGAACAGAUGCAGCUAGGCUUUGUAAAUUGUGAAUUAGAGGAUGAAGAGUUAUCCAGAGGCAUCCAAAAUAUGAACACUCGACCUGAAUUUAUUCCUGAGAGUCCUCUUCAAAGUCAAGGAACAACACCUGAGUUUAUUUUACCUCCACCUCCAACAUUCCUAACUAGCAACUUAACUGAACCACUUGCCAAAGAAAAUGAUGCACUCGCAUCCAUGCUGAUGUCUUGGUACAUGUGCGGCUUCCAAACGGGUUAUUAUACAGCUUUAAAGCAAAUGAAGGUCAAAGAGUGACCAUCACAUCAUUCCAUGUGUGCACACCUUGCAAUGUUUUCCAAAAGUCAUCACAUUUAUUUGUUGACCUUCCUUUUUCUUGUCCUUUUCUUUAUUUAAAUUAAUAAGCACUUUGACAACCUGAAUCUAAGUCAACCAUGUAAAGAGUGCCUAAAAAAUCAAUCUAAACGCCUUGCUGUCCAAUCUGAAUAGACUCAAAACCAUGUAAAUAAACUUUCAAAGAGCUUAAAGUUCUUCGUUUCAAA